AUGCCACGAAUCACCCAAGACCCAAACCUGGCAGAGUCACCAGACUUCGACAGCAUCGAGUUCCAGGCCGUCUACGCACCCUUGGCCACAGAGGCAAACCCUGUCGAGAACAUCAUAGGCACGCUCAAGGCCGCCUGGACACACAACAACAAUGCAAAAAAGGCAGCCUGGGAGGCCCAAGUCGAGCAAGACAAGGCAGCAGAAGAAGCGACCGAACAAGAGCGCCAGGCAGCAGUAGAGGCGGAGGAGGCUAUGAAGGAGAAGGAACUUCAAGAGACAGAAGAGGCGAACCAACGCGAAAAGGAGAAGAGGAAGCCCAAGGUCCAGAACUUCACAGUCAACAAAGUCGUCGACAGUGUCUCUGACACCUGCCCAUCUCCAUAUGCCAUCCACAAGCUCCGCCAAGGCGAGUACAUCGAGCUCUACUACUUCACACCAGAAGCGUGCUCUGAAGCAGAAAGAGCGGAACAAACUGCAGCUAAGGACAACAUCACCUUCACGUCAGUUGGGGACCAGCUCUUCAUGAAGCCGGCAGCUGCAUACAAGGCAGCAAAGAAGGUCAUCCGGGAUGAAGACCUAACCUUUAAACAGUUAACGCUCGCCAAGAACGACAUGCUUCGCCACAUGGGCCAGGAGGAAUGGCCGGAGCAGCAUGUCGUAGCCCUCAGCGUAUUCUUCUUCAAGCUGGAGAGCCAUCGCCUGCGAAAGCAAGACGGAGGUGACACCGUUGUGCUGCGCUACCAGUCGCAGGUCUGUCGCGAGUGGAUGGAGGCCCUCAAAGGUACCAGCGACGAGGACGUCUUUGACAUCAGCGUCAUCAACGACCUACGGCUUAACCAGAUGUACACCGAGCACCUCAACGCUCGACAUAGCCAAGGCGUUUUAUGCAUCAGGAAAACGACUUUGUCUCCAAGGGAGCUCUGGAGCUCCCUCGGGUUCCUUGGAGGAUCCAGAGAUGCAGAGAUGCCAGGGAGCCUUAAAAGCUACUCCGCAUGCUUGCGAUGUCUCUAG